UUCAUGAUAUCUCCACACAGCCUUCUUCCCUUGCAUUUUCUUCUCUGUAAGCUCUCAGAGUCAGAGUCCUCUGUUCUCCUAUGGCUUCCUUCUCACCCGCUCCAUCUCUCUACACCCAAAACACCCGCCCUUCCCUCAUCCCCAACCUAAUCAAACCCGCCGCCCCAUCCAUCUCUGCAUACUAUUCUUCCCCACGAUUAAUCACUACCCCACUCCGCCGCCGCGCCCUCAGGAUCCAGGCCACCGCCGCCCCAAGCGUGAAGAAGCAGAGUAGCGACGAACGAGUCCUACAAGUACACAGCAAGGAAGAAUUCGACGAAGCCCUAAAAAAGGCCAAAAGUAAAUUAGUAGUAGUGGAAUUCGCCGCCUCUCACAGCGCUCAAAGCAGUCGAAUGUACCCAUUCAUGGUCAGUCUUAGCAAAACUUGCAACGAUGUGGAGUUUAUCUUAGUAAUGGGCGACGAAUCAGAGAAAACGAAAGAGCUUUGUAACAGAGAGAAGAUCGAAAAGGUUCCUCACUUCAGUUUCUAUAAAAACAUGGAGAAAAUCCACGAAGAAGAAGGAAUCGGACCCGAUCAAUUGGAAGGCGAUGUUCUGUAUUACGGCGAUAACCACUCGGCGGUGGUUCAAUUACACAGCAGAGAAGAUGUAGAGACGCUGAUAGGAGAACAUAAAGACGAUCACAAACUGAUCGUGUUAGACGUCGGAUUGAAGCACUGUGGGCCGUGUGUGAAGGUGUAUCCGACGGUGAUAAAGCUGUCGAAGAAAAUGGAUACGGUGGUUUUCGCUAGAAUGAACGGAGAUGAAAAUGAAAGCUGUAUGAAAUUUCUGAAGGACAUGAAUGUGGUGGAAGUGCCGACGUUUUUGUUCAUCAGAGACGGCGAGAUUAAAGGAAGGUACGUUGGGUCUGGUAAAGGAGAAUUGAUUGGGGAAAUUCUUAGAUACCAAGGAGUUCGUGUUACUUAUUAAUUAAUUUUUAUUAAUGAUAAUUUUGGGGGUUAGGAUUUUAAUUAUACAUGAUUAUGAUUCUAAUAAGAUGAGUUUGAGUAUUGAGUUUGAGGGGUCAUUGUUAAUGUUAUGUGUGGAUGGUUUGAUUUUGGUGCAACUACAUUGAAUCAUGUUUGGGUCUAUGGAUAAUCAAUCUCUUGAUUUGCAUAAAAUUAUUCGAUGAGGUGGUUGCAAUAGAACAAUUUUAUAAUACGGUCGGAUGUGGAUUCAAA